GGGGGUAGUUGGAGGAGUAGAUGCACUUUGCCAUUUAUCUGAACUUUGAGUCAUAAUAGCAUUUUUUUAAAAUUCAAAGGGACCUGAAUACUAAAUUCGAAUAUUUGAUCUUGUUCCUAAAAUAGGCAUCGUGCUUGUUCACUGCUUCGCCAUUUUCACUGGAGCUGUUCCUAUUGUUAGGCUUAUAAUUUGUGUCCCUUGAGGCAUGAUCUUGGCAUUGACACAUCUCUUUCGUAGGGCUCCCUUUUUUUAAAAUGCUUCAAUCUCUCUAUAAAUGUCAAAGAAACUUGUGUACAAAGAUCAGGACAACCAGCCUUCUCGUGCAGUUUGUGUCAACUAGCUGUGGCAGCAACAUCCCAACUGAUGAGAGCACACUCGUUGAUUUGUAUCACAGAAAGACACAUGGUUUAUCAAAAGAAAACGUCAUUAGUGAAGCAGAACCACUCCAAUUAGAUACUGCUCAAUGUUCAAAAGUUUCAGCUUUUGUUGAGUUCUUCCAAAACCAUGGGUUUUCUGCAACCCAAACGAAGAGACUAAUUAGACUACGCCCUAAAUUACUAGUAUCGAAGGUGGACAAAACCCUAAAGCCCAAGUUGAAGUUCUUGCAAUCAAUUGGCUUUACUGAAGAUGAACGCAAUAAGAUUAUCUGUGGUAACCCCAACAUACUCAUGAGUAGCGUAGAGAAACAACUGACUCCAUGCUUUGAUUCCCUAAAGAUGUUCAUGGGUAGUGAAAUGCAAGCAAUGGCUGCCAUCAAACGAAGUCCGCAGAUCUUUAAUUAUAAAUUCUCUGAUGGUUUGGAGCAGACUCUACAGGUAUUGCACCAACUUGGUAUUCCUGAUUCUGAAGCUUCAGAGUUUAUUUCAAAAGUUCCCAUUAUCUUGACUAUAAAUCCCAAAAAGAUGAGUAAGGUUGGCUUGAGACUUAAGGAAUUGGGGUUUGAUGUUACUUCUUCAGCAUUUAGGGCAGCUUUUACCGCAAUGUCUGUACUUAGUGAUUCCAAAAUGGAAAAGAAACUGGAAAACUACCGAAGUAUGGGCUUUUCAGAUGGCGAGAUCCGCAAUAUAUUCAGAUUGCAGCCAACUUGCAUGUUUUAUUCUGAGGAUAAUAUCAGGGCAAUUGUGGCAUUCUAUGUUAAUAAACUCCAUUUGAGCCUAUCACACUUGUCACAAAGACCAUCCUUUCUAUUGCGUAGCCUGAAGAAGAGGGUUAUUCCCAGGUGUUCUGUCAUGCAAGUUUUGUGGUCAACAGGCGUUAUUUCAAAAGUUAACAAACUAUCCUCAAUUCUAAUGAUUAGUGAAAAGGACUUCUUACGGAAGUGUGUUACUAAAUAUGAAGCACAAGUUCCUCAACUGCUAGCUGCCUACCGUGGUGAACUUGUGUUCAACGAAUACACUUUUCAUUUACGUGAAAUUCAUCAGAUUUCAGUGUCAAAGGCAUCAUCUUCUAAAGCUACGUAGCUUAGUAGUAUUUGCACCAUCUGUAUCUUUCACUGCACCAUUUACUGUCGCAUUCAUGUUAUCAACAUUGUUUCCCAUAUUUAAGUUGAACUACUGCCGUUCUGUUCGUAGAGGUACUAGAAUUCUUUACUGGUAAGCUUAUGAAGGAAAUAAAUUUUCUGAUACUGCA